UAGCGAAUCUACAAUGAAGUCCUUAAUAUUUUUAAUCCUCCUCAUCGCGUCAAUCCACGCCUUCACCAUCCCCAACCCCAAACCAGUGACCCAAGCCCUCGAAGACCGCAACCACGAAGCCCUCGACCACAAGAUUAACAAGCGGUUCAUCUCGGCGCUGCUGAUGAGCAUGAUGGACGAUGAUGACUACUUCGAUGAUGACCUGCCGUCCAUCACCGGCAGGCGGAGACCUUCGAGGAGACACCUGCAGCUUGCGCAGAUGAUGAGGCAGCUGGCUGGGCCACGGGGAUUGACGAGAGGACAGAUGGAUACCAUGAUGAGCAACCUGCAGAACCUGCAGCUGUUGCAGAAUAUGCAGCAGUUGAUGCAGCUGCAGAGCCAGACCCAGAACUUGCCGACGCCAGCCCCGACCUCGUAG